AUGGCAGCCGAGGAGGUGAAUGUAGGCUCGCCAGAAAUUGCACAGCAGGGCGAUGUUGGCGACGCGGAACUUGCGUGCCCCGCCAUAGGACCUCCAGCCGGCAUAGUACUGCAGCCCGGCGAUGUGACGCCGGACUUGGGCAUACCAGAUCAACCUGUUGGGUCUGGUGCUGUAUCCCCGAGGGGAGAGGAAAUAGAACCGAACAGCAGCAAACCAGAAACCGAACAGCCGAGCGAUCGUGAUCCCAUCGACCUUCAAGCCUCCCAAGACCUCUCAGAGUAUGGUGCCUCAAAUCGUCAUGGUGCCAGACUGGGCAUAGUUUUGAUCUCUCCAGAUGGUCUGACCAUCGAACACUCUAUCAAACUCGGAUUCCCUGCAUCAAACAAUGAGGCUGAGUACGAGGCGCUGCUGGCCGGACUUAAGAGCGCACUCCAGUUGCGCACAUCCGAGCUGAUGGUUUACAACGAUUCCCAACUUGUUGUUAACCAAGUGUCUGGGGUCUACGAAGCUAAAGAUGAUAGAAUAGCAAAGUACCAAGCUUUGGUAAGAGACCACAUCAAGUGA